AUGGUGUUCCAAAGAUUGCAGAGAGACAAGCGAAUUGUUGUUUGCCCACCUUUACCUCAAAAGGUUGAAACACCUUCACAAUCUGCGAUUUUCUCUGAUAUUAAAUGUGAUGCUCUCGAAUUAAAUGGUGAUAACUAUAAAGUCCGGAAGGAAAGAAUUUUCCUUCAUUUGGGGUGGAUAGAUAUUGAUUAUGCCAUUAGAAAAGAUGAAUCAAAAAUCACUCCGACCAGCACUCCAGAUGAAAUUGCUCUUUAUGAACAAUGGGAGCGAUCCAAUCGCCUUAGUGUGAUGUUCAUAAAGAACAUGAUUUCUACUGGUAUUCGUGGUUCUGUUAAAGAGCAUAAUAAUGUUAAGGCAUUACUGAAGGCUAUUGAUGAGAAGUUUGAGACUUUAGAUAAAGCACUUGCCAAUACCCUAAUUAUGAAGUUUUCAUCCAUAAGGCUCACUACUAUGAGAGGUGUGCAUGAGCACAUCAUGCAAAUGAGGGACAUUGCGGCUUAG